AUGGGCCUCCUGUAUCUCGGAACACCCUUAACAUGGGAUGAAGCAAAGCAGCAUGCGGACCACGUUCGAGAACAUGGUAUCACGCAAUUUCUCCAUACUUGGGAUCGAGUUAAGGACCGAUGGGGCGAUGAGUUGCUCUGGGGAGACGAGGUGGAAUACAUGGUCGUUACCUUUGACGACGAGGAAAAAAAUGCAAAGCUGUCUCUCCGCCAGACCGAGAUCCUUGCAAAGCUCAGUCAGGUCGUAGGCGACCUCACCGACGAUGAUACACCCGCCCUCAUGACCGUUCCGACUUUCCACCCAGAGUAUGGAAGAUACAUGCUAGAGUCAACUCCUGGCUCUCCAUACACGGGCUCUAUCCCGGACUUGCUAUCCGUCGAGACAAACAUGCACUACAGACGUACACUCGCAAGAAAGCAUCUGAAGGAAAAUGAAAUUCCAUUCACCUUCACAUCUUUCCCUCGCCUGGGAACGUAUGACGUCUUCACUGAACCUUAUUUCUCACCAGACGACGCCAAGUCUAGCCACAGCCUCUUUUUGCCAGAAGAGAUCACGAACCCUCACGCACGUUUCCCUACCCUAACGGCCAAUAUUCGCAGUAGACGAGGCUCCAAGGUCGCAAUCAACCUUCCCAUAUUCAUCGACGAAAGAACACCUCGACCAUUUGUCGAUCCCACUAUACCAUGGCAACGUUCGAUAUACCCAGAAGACCCGGAGGCGAAGAACGGUGCGGCAUUGAUCGAUCAUAUUUACAUGGACGCAAUGGGCUUCGGAAUGGGAUGUUGCUGUUUACAACUCACUUUCCAGAGUUGCAAUGUAGAUGAAGCAAGGCGUAUGUAUGACGCUCUUAUCCCCGUUGGGCCAAUUAUGCUUGCCUUGACAGCAGCUAGUCCCGCAUGGAGAGGUUAUCUCGCUGAUGUGGAUUGCCGUUGGAAUGUCAUCGCUGGCAGCGUCGAUGAUCGCACACCAGAAGAGCGCGGUUUGAAACCUUCGAAAGACAACCAUAUAAUUCCCAAGUCCCGUUACGACAGCGUUGACCUCUACAUCGCCAAUGAUUGGACCAACAAACCCGAAUAUAACGACGCACCUGUACCCUACAAUAAAGGUAUAUUUCAACGUCUUCGUAAUCACGGCAUAGAUGAGGUGCUUGCCAAGCAUAUAGCACAUUUAUUCAUUCGAGAUCCUCUCGUUAUUUUCUCUGAAACCAUUAAUCAAGAUGACAGUACUAGCAGUGACCACUUCGAGAAUAUUCAAUCCACAAACUGGCAGACUCUUAGAUUCAAACCGCCCCCGCCAAACUCUUCCAUCGGCUGGCGUGUAGAGUUUCGUAGCAUGGAAGUGCAAAUGACAGACUUUGAGAACGCUGCCUUUGCUGUCUUCAUCGUCCUCCUUUCCCGUGCCAUCCUAGCAUUCAACCUUAAUUUCUAUAUUCCUAUUUCCAAGGUUGACCAGAACAUGGCCCGUGCGCAGAGGAGAGACGCAGCUCGUUCCGGCAAGUUUUAUUUCCGGAAGGACGUUCUCCCCCCGGGACAGACUACUCUUACCAUUAGUCCACUUUCGUGCUCUGGAUCAUGUUCGCCUGCGGAAGGUGCUCCAGCGAAGGAGAAACUACUUCGCAAUUGUUUCGUCCCUGUUUCUCGACCAUCGCAUGUGGAAGAUGGACCGAUUGAAGAUGAGUAUGAGGAGAUGACUGUGGAAGAGAUUUUUGCUGGAAAAGGAUCCAAGUUCCCUGGUUUACUUGGCGUCGUCGAGGCUUACAUCGACACCUUAGACGUUGAUGAGGGAGACAGGCUACAAAUAAGCAAAUACCUCGACCUUACGCCCGCGACUUGGAUUCGUAAUUUCGUGCGCUCUCACUCAAACUACAAUCGUGACUCUGUUGUGAGCCAGGAAAUAAAUUACGACCUUAUGGUUGCUGUGGACGAGAUUGAGCGUGGCGUGCGACGCGUCCCAGAGCUGUUACCGGAGGAUUACACGCCCACCAACGGCUACCAUUCCAAGCCUAACAGCGCUUGA